AUGGACACCCCAGGCCCAGCAGGACUCACCCGACCUCCUCCACCAGUUCCUGAUGCCACCAAAGUCAGUUUUGCACCCUGUGGCCGAGGCCGCCGCUGGGUGCUCAGGUGGGUGUUAGCCUUUGAGAUCUUCAUCCCCUUGGUGCUCUUCUUCAUCCUGCUGGGGCUGCGGCAGAAGAAGCCGACCAUCCCUGUGAAGGAAGCUUUCUACACGGCGGCCCCGCUCACCUCAGCCGGCAUCCUACCGGUGAUGCAGUCCCUGUGUCCGGAUGGCCAGCGGGAUGAAUUCGGCUUCCUGCAGUACUCCAAUUCCACGGUAACGCAGCUCCUCGAGCACCUCAGUGAAGUGGUGGAGCAAAGUAACUUGUUCGACCCGGACCACCCCGGCCUGGAAGAGGAGCUGCAGUCCCUACGCCGGCGCCUGGAGGCCCUCAGCAGCAGCGAGCCCGGCUCCAUGGAGAGCCACUUCAGCAACCAGCCAGGAUCCAGCUUCACCCUGGCGUGGGCAGCCAAGGACCGGGACGAACUGCACCGUUUCCUCACGCAGAACCUGUCCCUCCCCAACAGCACAGCUGAGCUCCUCCUGGGCUCCAGCAUCGACCUCCGGGAGGUGUACCGCCUUUAUUUCGGAUCUGCUCCUUUGGCACCUGAUGACACCCAUGAGAGAGAUCUGUGGGAUUGGUUUGGCUCUGGUGAGAAGAUCUUGAAAAUGGAGAAGAACCUCCCCAGUGGCUGGAGGACCCUGCGGGAAGGGCUGAUACACAAGGCCCUGCGCGACCCCUCCAGAGCCUCGCACAGACAGACCCUGCUCCGCCUGCUCUCGCAAGCCCUGGGCCUCGCCAGCGCCAGCCCAGGGCCCACCGACUCCUACAACCCUCAGGCCUUCGUCACGGAGAUGGAGGGCUGCGGCAGCCAGGCCGCCCGCGGCGAGCGCUUCGCCCAGCUGGCCAGCGAGCUCAAGGACCAGCUGGACACCCGGAAAAUCGUCAGCAGGCUGAAGCUGGAUGAGGUGAACAACACGGCCACCCAGCACCGUCUUCAUGCCCUCCUUGAGGACCUCGUGGAGAUGGAGAAGGUUCUCCGCGAUAUGGAUAUUCUCUCAGCAUUGGCCAAACUGCUGCCCAAGGGAGCUUGUGCCAGCAAGGCGCCACCACCCACCGCCAACAGCACCGGCUGGGCCAGCGGCAACGCCACGGCGGGCGGCAACGCCACAGCGGAGGAGGAGAGCGAUGGCGAGGGCGAGGCGGGCGGCGAGAACCCCCAGGGGCAGUUCUCAGCCUUCGUGCAGCUCUGGGCUGGGCUGCAGCCCAUCCUGUGCGGGAACAACCGGACGAUCGAGCCCGAGGCGCUGAAGCAGGGCAACAUGAGCUCUUUGGGCUUCACCAGCAAGGAGCAACGAAACCUGGGCCUCCUCGUGCAUCUCAUGACAAGCAACCCCAAAAUCCUCUAUGCGCCUGUGGGCACUGAAGUAGACAAGGUCAUCCUGAAGGCCAAUGAGACCUUUGCUUUCGUGGGCAAUGUCACCCACUAUGCCAAGGCAUGGAUGAACAUCUCCCCUGAGAUCAGGGCCUACCUGGAGGAGGGCAGGCUGCAGAGACGCAUCCGCUGGCUCCAGCAGUUCACAGCUGACCUCCACAAGCACCCAGAGAUCCUGAAUGUCUCCGACAGUGACCUUCUCCACAAUUUCCUCAGUGGCAACUUCUCUCUGCCCAAUGCCAGUGUCCUCCUGCAGCAGCUGGACACCAUCGACAACGCUGCCUGCGGUUGGGUCCACUUCAUGGACAAGGUCAGCGUGGACAUCUUCAAGGGCUUCCCGGAUGAGGAGAGCAUUGUCAACUACACACUGAAUCAGGCCUACCAGGACAACGUCACUGUCUUUGCUAGUGUCAUCUUCCAGACCAACAAGGAUGGCUCGCUGCCCCCUCAUGUCCUCUACAAGAUCCGGCAGAACUCCAGCUUCACGGAGAAAACCAACGAGAUCCGGCGGGCGUACUGGCGGCCAGGCCCCAACACUGGUGGGCGCUUCUACUUCCUCUACGGCUUUGUCUGGAUCCAGGAUAUGAUGGAGCGCGCUCUCAUCAACACGUUUGUUGGCCACGAUGUGGUGGAGCCUGGCAAUUAUGUGCAGAUGUUCCCAUAUCCCUGUUAUACCCGGGACGAUUUCCUCUUCGUCAUUGAACACAUGAUGCCCUUGUGCAUGGUGAUCUCCUGGGUCUACUCAGUGGCCAUGAUGAUCCAGCACAUUGUGACAGAGAAGGAACAUCGCCUGAAAGAGGUGAUGAAGAUGAUGGGUUUGAACAACGCAGUGCAUUGGGUGGCUUGGUUCAUCACUGGUUUCGUCCAGCUCUCCAUCUCAGUCACAGCUCUCACUGCCAUCCUAAAAUACGGCAAGGUCCUGAUGCACAGCGAUGUCCUCAUCAUCUGGCUCUUCCUCGCCAUCUAUGCUGUGGCCACCAUCAUGUUCUGUUUCCUGGUGUCAGUGCUCUACUCCAAAGCCAAGCUGGCCUCAGCCUGCGGUGGCAUCAUCUACUUCCUGAGCUACGUACCCUACAUGUAUGUCGCCAUCCGGGAGGAGGUGGCGCAUGACAAGAUCACAGCCUUUGAGAAGUGCAUUGCGUCCCUUAUGUCGACCACAGCCUUCGGUCUGGGCUCCAAGUACUUUGCCCUGUACGAGGUGGCUGGCGUGGGCAUCCAGUGGCACACCUUGAGCCAGUCACCGGUGGAAGGAGACGACUUCAACCUCUUGCUGUCCAUGAUGAUGCUGAGCAUAGAUGCCGUGGUGUAUGGGGUGCUCACGUGGUACAUCGAGGCUGUGCACCCGGGUAUGUAUGGCUUGCCGCGGCCCUGGUACUUCCCUUUCCAGAAGUCCUACUGGUUGGGGAAUGGGCGAGUGGAGACGUGGGAGUGGACUUGGCCCUGGUCCCGCACCACCCGCCUCAGCAUCAUGGAGGAAGACCAGGCCUGUGCCAUGGAGAGCAGGAGACUGGCAGAGGAGACGCGGGGCAUUGAGGAGGAGCCAUCCCACCUGCCCUUGGUUGUCUGCAUUGACAAGCUCACCAAGGUCUACAAGACAGAUAAGAAGCUGGCACUGAACAAGCUGAGCCUCAACCUCUAUGAAAACCAGGUGGUGUCCUUCCUAGGACACAAUGGCGCAGGCAAAACCACCACCAUGUCCAUCCUGACUGGCUUGUUCCCUCCAACAUCGGGCUCUGCUACCAUCUAUGGUCACGAUAUCCGGACAGAGAUGGAUGAGAUCCGGAAGAACCUGGGCAUGUGUCCCCAGCACAACGUGCUCUUUGACAGGCUGACGGUGGAGGAGCACCUCUGGUUCUACUCACAACUCAAGAGUAUGGCAGAGGAGGAGAUCCGCAAGGAGAUGGACAAGAUGAUUGAAGACCUGGAGCUCUCCAACAAACGGCACUCUCUGGUGCAAACCCUCUCGGGUGGCAUGAAGAGGAAGCUGUCGGUGGCUAUAGCCUUCGUGGGUGGAUCACGGGCUGUAAUCUUGGACGAGCCCACAGCUGGUGUCGACCCAUAUGCGCGCAGGGCCAUCUGGGACCUCAUUCUCAAGUACAAGCCAGGGAGGACCAUCCUGCUCUCCACACACCACAUGGACGAAGCUGACUUGCUGGGUGACCGCAUUGCCAUCAUAUCUCAUGGCAAGCUCAAGUGCUGCGGCUCCCCACUGUUCCUCAAGAGCACCUAUGGCGAUGGCUAUAAGCUGACAGUGGUCAAGAAGCAAUCAGACACCCGAAACAGCACAGAGUCGGGCCAGCCACACAGUCCCCCGUCACACUCCUCCGUCAGCCCCUGCUCCGAGCCGCGUGUCUCCCAGUUCAUCAAGAAGUACGUGGCCUCCUGCCUUCUCAUCUCGGACACCAACACCGAGCUCUCCUACAUCCUGCCCAGUGAGGCUGUCAAGAAGGGCUGCUUCGAGAGGCUUUUCCAGCAUUUGGAGCAAAGCCUGGAGGAGCUGGACCUGACCAGUUUUGGGCUGAUGGACACCACGCUCGAGGAGGUCUUCCUCAAGGUGUCUGAGGAGGACCAGUCUCUGGAGAACAGCGAUGCUGAUAUGAAAGAAUCCAAGAAGGAUGCCCUACGGCCACCCGCCCCUGAGUUGGGUCCGAAGCCUGAGGCCAACGGGGAGCCCCUUGCUGAAGCAGAGGUGCCCGAGAAGCCAGAGGUGGAGCUAAGCAACCUGGUGACCUGCUCCAAGCUUGCCCAGUCGCAGGCGUCCCUGCGCUCAGCCUCCUCGGUGGGCUCCGUGCGGGGCGAUGAAGGUGGGGCUUAUUCGGAGUUCUUUGGGGAUUACUCUCCGUUGUUUGAUAAUCGGCAGGACCCUGAUAACAUCAGUCUGCAAGAUCAAGAGGCUGACAUGGAAGUAGAAGACAAUGACCUGGCGGGACAGGGGAGCUUCAAACUGGAGGGUUCCUGGCUGAAGCUGCGGCAGUUCCACGGGCUGAUCGUCAAACGCUUCCACUGUGCCAAGCGCAACACCAAGGCCCUCUUCUCACAGAUCCUUCUGCCUGCCUUCUUCGUCUGUGUGGCCAUGACUGUGGCGCUCUCCGUGCCCGAAAUAGGUGACCUGCCUCCACUCAUCCUCUCGCCAUCUCAGUACCACAACUACACGCAGCCCAAGGGAAACUUCAUUCCUUAUGCCAACGAGGAGCGGCGUGAGUACCGCAUCAGGCUGUCUCCUGAUGCCAGCCCCCAGCAACUGGUGAACACCUUCCACCUGCCCUCAGGCGUGGGUGCCACAUGCGUGCUCAAGACUGCCUUCAACAACACACUGGACCAGCCCGUGCAGACCCUGAACCUCAACAGCAACGAGUCCAAGAUGCUGGCAGCCAAGUACUUUGAUGCCAUGUGCAUCGACUCCUUCACACAGGGCUUGCCACUCUCCAACUUUGUGCCACCGCCUCCAUCCCCAGCGCCCUCUGACUACCCUGUCUCGAUGGAUGAGGAUCUGCUACGUGCCUGGAACUCCACAACCUUCUCCUCAGCCACCAAAGAGACCAUCACCUCAGCCCCAGCCCUGCCCCGAAUUAUCCACGAGCCCAUCAAGUGCACAUGCUCCAUGCAGGGAACUGGCUUCUCUUGCCCCAGUGGUGUUGGAGGACAUCCCCCACAGAUGAAGGUGGUGACAGGGGACAUUCUGGCAGACAUCACUGGGCGCAAUGUCUCCGAGUACCUGCUCUACACCUCAGACCGCUUCCGGCUGCACAGGUAUGGGGCGCUCACCUUUGGCAAUGUCCAGAAAUCGAUUCCAGCCUCCUUUGGGGCCAGGGCCCCUGCCAUGGUGCGCAAGAUAGCCGUCCGGAGAACAGCCCAGGUCUUCUACAACAACAAGGGCUACCAUAGCAUGCCCACCUAUCUCAACGCACUCAACAAUGCCAUCCUGCGGGCCAACUUGCCCAAGAGCAAAGGCAACCCUGCUGCCUAUGGUAUCACAGUGACCAACCACCCCAUGAACAAGACGAGUGCCAGCCUGUCUCUGGAUUACCUCCUGCAAGGCACGGAUGUAGUGAUUGCCAUCUUCAUCAUCGUAGCCAUGUCCUUCGUGCCAGCCAGCUUUGUGGUUUUCCUGGUCGCUGAAAAGGCCACCAAGGCCAAACAUCUGCAGUUUGUGAGCGGCUGUGAUCCCGUCAUCUACUGGUUGGCCAACUACGUGUGGGAUAUGCUUAACUACCUGGUGCCGGCCACAUGCUGUAUCAUUAUCCUCUUUGUGUUUGACCUCCCAGCUUACACCUCUCCCACCAACUUCCCUGCUGUCCUCUCGCUCUUUCUGCUCUACGGCUGGUCCAUCACCCCCAUCAUGUAUCCUGCUUCCUUCUGGUUUGAGGUGCCCAGUUCUGCCUACGUCUUUUUGAUAGUCAUCAACCUCUUCAUCGGCAUCACAGCCACGGUCGCCACAUUCCUACUGCAGCUCUUUGAGCAUGACAAGGAUUUGAAAGUGGUGAACAGCUACUUGAAGAGCUGCUUCCUUGUAUUUCCUAACUACAACCUGGGCCAUGGUUUGAUGGAGAUGGCUUAUAACGAGUACAUCAACGAAUACUAUGCCAAGAUUGGGCAGUUUGAUAAAAUGAAGUCACCCUUUGAAUGGGACAUCGUGACACGUGGGCUGGUUGCCAUGACAAUCGAAGGCUUCAUUGGCUUCUUCAUCACCAUCAUGUGCCAGUACAACUUCUUCCGGAAACCGCAGCGACUGCCCGUCUCCACCAAGCCCAUUGAAGACGAUAUUGAUGUGGCCAACGAGCGGCACCGUGUCCUGCGCGGCGACGCUGACAACGACAUGCUGAAGAUCGAGAACCUCACCAAGGUGUACAAGUCUCGCAAGAUUGGGCGCAUCCUGGCCGUGGACCGGCUGUGUGUGGGGGUCCGGCCUGGAGAGUGUUUCGGGCUGCUGGGUGUCAAUGGCGCGGGGAAGACGACCACCUUCAAGAUGCUCACGGGGGAUGAGAGCACCACGGGUGGAGAGGCCUUCGUUAAUGGGCACAGCAUCCUGAAAGAGCUCUUGCAGGUCCAGCAAAGCUUGGGCUAUUGUCCUCAGUUUGAUGCACUCUUUGAUGAGCUGACAGCCCAAGAGCACCUGGAGCUCUACACCCGCCUGCGUGGUAUCCCAUGGAAGGACGAGGAGCGGGUGGUCAAAUGGGCACUGAAGAAGCUAGAGCUGACCAAGUACGCCGACAAACCAGCCAGCACCUACAGCGGAGGCAACAAGAGGAAGCUGUCCACAGCCAUAGCACUGAUAGGCUACCCGUCCUUCAUCUUCCUGGACGAGCCCACGACAGGGAUGGACCCUAAGGCACGGCGCUUCCUUUGGAACCUCAUCCUGGAUGUCAUCAAAACAGGCCGCUCCGUGGUGCUCACGUCCCACAGCAUGGAGGAGUGCGAGGCGCUCUGCACCCGCCUGGCCAUCAUGGUGAACGGGCGUCUCAAAUGUCUUGGCAGCAUCCAGCACUUGAAAAACAGAUUUGGAGAUGGCUACAUGAUCACCGUGCGGACCAAGUCCAGCCUCAACGUCAAGGAGGUGGUGAGGUUCUUCAACCGCAACUUCCCUGAGGCCAUCCUCAAGGAGCGGCACCACACUAAGACCCAGUAUCAGCUCAAAUCGGACCAGAUCUCACUGGCACAGGUCUUCAGCAAGAUGGAGCAGGUGGUUGACGUGCUGGGCAUUGAGGACUAUUCCGUCAGCCAGACCACCCUGGACAACGUCUUUGUGAAUUUUGCCAAGAAGCAAAGCGACAACUUGGAGCAGCAGGAGACAAGCCCCAGCUGCGCUCUGCAGUCCCCCCUGGAGCGGGUGCUCAGCCUGCUGCGCCCGCGGGCAGCCCCCACGGAGCUGCGGGCGCUCGUCGUGGAGGAGCAGGAGGAUCUGGAGACCGAUGACGAAGGCCUCAUCAGCUUCGAGGAGGAGAGGGCUCAGCUCUCGUUCAACACGGACACACUGUGCUGAGGACCCGAGGUGGGAACCGAGUCCCCAGCUUUAAAGCCACCGAACCCUUUUGCGUCUCCCCUCGCUCCGCCCC